GAGUCCGGGUGGAGUACUGCGUUAAUGAGAACACCUUCAAGGAGAGACUACACCUGUACUUCGUCAAGAACCAGCGAUCGAGUCUACGGAUACGGAUAUUCAACUUCUUGAUCAAGUUGCUCACUUGUGUCCUGUACAUCGUCCGAGUGUUUAUUGACGAUAAUCCAAUCCAAGCUAACUGCUAUGACUGCGAGGAGGACACUCAGGCCGUCACGUUCUUCCGGGAGUAUGGCAACAAGACGGACGAGCAGUUUCAGGAGAACCCCAUCAUCAACUGGCAGGCGGUGCUCUGGGUCAAUAGGACUUUACCUCUGUGGGCAAUACAGGUCGCCGUCGCUCUCGUCUCGCUGUCGGAGGCGUUACUACUAGCUUACUUAAGUUAUAAGGGAAAUAUAUGGCAGACGUUAAGAUCGUUUCACUUUCUACUAGAGUUAAUCAACACCAUACCAUUUAUACUGACGAUAUGUUGGUCACCGCUCAGAAAUCUCUUCGUGCCAGUAUUUCUCAACUGCUGGCUCGCCAAACAUGCACUCGAGAAUAUGUUCAACGAUCUCCACCGCGCCAUGCAGAGGUCUCAGUCAGCCCUCAGUCAACAGCUGAUGAUCCUCUCAGCUACCUUCAUGUGUCUUGUCUUUACCAGCGUGUGUGGGAUCCAACACUUCCAGCGGGCGGGUCACCGGCAUCUCAACCUCUUCCAGGCGGUCUAUUACGUGAUCGUCACCUUCUCCACCGUCGGCUAUGGAGACUUCGUGCCCGACAUCUGGCCCUCUCAGUUGUUUAUGGUCAUUAUGAUCUGUGUGGCUCUUAUCGUCCUCCCCACACAGUUCGAGCAGCUGGCCUUCACGUGGAUGGAGAGGAAGAAGCUCGGAGGGACGUACUCAGCACACCGGGCACAGAGUGAGCGUCAUGUGGUCGUCUGCUCCACCAACCUUCAAGCCGACACUAUCAUGGACUUCCUUAACGAGUUCUACGCCCAUCCGCACUUACAGGAUUACUUCGUCGUGUUGUUAUCGCCGAUGGAGUUAGAUCCUACGAUGAAGAUGAUCCUACAGGUACCAAUGUGGGCAUGGCGCGUCAUAUACAUCCAAGGGUCGUGUCUUGGAACGGGGACCUGACACGGGCUAGGAUGAGUGAAGCUGAGGCGUGUUUCAUCCUCGCUGCCAGACUUCUAUGCUGAUAAGACCG